GCUGCUGAAGGCGGAAGUAAAUAACGUGCGGACGGAGGCACGGCGGAGAAAAUUGAAUUUUUCCCAGAGAACUUUGGAAGCAGCUCUCCAGAUGACGUCUCUCGUCUGCACUUUACAACACCAUCAGGACGAUGUCAACUGGUGUGCCUUCUCAGCCAAGCUGUUGGCCACAUGUUCAGGGGAUAAAACUCUCAGGAUAUACAACACCAACAACUUCUCGGAGCUGGCCUUUUCGCCGCUGUCCGGACAUGGCUAUGGCGUUCACUGCUGCUGCUUCAGCGCCUGCGGGCAGUUCCUGGCCUCCUGCUCUACAGAUGCCACCACAGUGGUUUGGUCCAUGGUCACGGGGGAGAUCGAGGCCGUCCUGGAGCACCCUGGUCGCAGCCCCGUCAGGAUCUGCGCUCUGUCUCCGGACUCCCUCCAUCUGGUCUCUGGAGCAGCCGAUGGCACUCUGGCUCUCUGGGAUUUCCCUUCCAAACAAUUACAGAGGACCGGCGGAGUGACAGAAACCACGGUGGUGGCGUGCUCCUUCAGCCCGUGCAGUCAGAUGUUCAUGAGCGGCUCCACCUAUGGAGACCUCCGUCUGUGGGACCUGAACAUGAAUCAGCUUGUUGCGGAGAAGAACGCCCAUGACCUGGGUGUCUCCUGCUGCACCUUCGCUCCCAACAUCUUCAGCGGCGGUCAAGUCGUGCAGUUCCAGCUGGCAUCCUGUGGACAAGACAGUCUCCUGAAAAUAUGGACCAUUAAUAAGUUCAGCUCUGGAGGCUGUAAGAUGCAGCUCCUGCACACUCUAACCGGCCAGUCGGCUCCAGUGCUCUCCUGUGCGUACUCCUCAGACGGGCAGCUGCUCGUGUCUGGGUCUGUGGACAAAUCGGUCACAAUCUACGAUGCUAAUAAUGGACGUUUGCUCUACACACUGACCCAGCACGAGAGGUAUGUGACGGCGUGCUCCUUCUCUCCAACGUCACAGCUGCUCGCCACUGGGUCUAUGGAUAAGACUGUGAACAUCUGGAAGCUGUCGGAUGGAUGCAGCGGGCACAGCGUAAAAGCACUCCCUGAGGAGUCGACUCAGACAUCAAACGAAGGGAGAACCUCGGCGGGCCGAUCGAAGCUGCUGGUCAGCGAUUGGUCGGAGGACGACGUGUCACAGUGGCUGGCGGAGGAAGGCCUCGGGGGAUUGGUGGACACGUUCAAGGCCAAUAACAUCGACGGGACGGAGCUGCUCGGUCUCACCAAGGAAACGCUGGCGUCAGAGCUGCACAUAGAGUCAGUAGGCGUACGCAAUAAAAUUCUGAGGAAGGUGGAGGAGCUGAAGAGUGAUUCGGUGUGCUCUGGCACUCCUGAUGAGUUCCUGUGUCCAAUCACCCGGGAGCUGAUGAGGGAGCCAGUUAUUGCAGCGGAUGGUUACUCCUAUGAGAGAGAGGCCAUCGAGAGCUGGAUCAACACCAAGAAUCGCUCCAGCCCGAUGACCAACCUCCCUCUGCUGACCACUCUGCUCACGCCGAACCACACGCUGAAGAUGGCCAUUGGCCGCUGGAAGACCAGCCAGUAGACCCCGCGUUCCAUCUGCAGUGGCGUUCCUUCAACAUUUUGGGUCAGGAUGUGUCUGUGUGCUUAAAGGUGAUUUUUAGCUGCACUCAAAGUUACACCGAGCAGUCAUCAAGAGCUGAUUACCUAACUUCAAACGCAUCCGCCAUGCCUACUUACAAAGUCCUUGUUGGAAGUUGCCUGCUUGUAGAUAAGCUGAGGCGUUUUUAUUGACCCCCUUCAUUUGCUCAAUCCUCUUUGCGGUUAACCUUAGCUACCCAUGUGUGGAUCAGCGGGCUGCACCCAGAGAUUAAUGGCCUUUCUCAUGGAGAAACAGUGGAGGGGAUGAAACUUCUUGCCAGUACAGGGUUUGAAAAUGAGCUCGCAUCUCGAACAUCGAGGCCAACACAGCCCCUUAGCUGGAUGAAGUGAAGUUAAAAGUGCUCUUCACCAGCCACUCAGAAGUGUGAUGAAUGUGUAACUCUGCUUAAAUAGCAAAUCACAAACAGAAAGCACAUAAAUAAUUGAACAGGGUAGACUCAGGUGAGCCUUUAUCCUUAUCAGUUCGCCUGGUGAUUCCUCUUAUCUGUUUUCCUCUGAUGCCUAUGGAUCAAUUAAGAUGUUUAUGACAAAGUUCCAACAAAAAGCGUUCCAUGAAGACCUUUCAGAUUUGAGAGGUUGUGUGACAUUGAAUAAGCACACUGAGGAGCAGUACUGCCUGUCCAAUUUAGAAUUAUUGCAGCCCUCGAGUGGUGAUAACACAUUUAAUUUGCGCUCAACCCUCCAUUUAUACUUUAUAAAUGCUACUGAUCUAAAUGGAUCAAAUUGUCAUCGUCAGUAAUUUCCUGGCAAUUGUGGUGCUCGCGAAACUGUGUCCACCAUUGUGCGAUUGCACCGAUAGCGACGGAGUAAAGUGAAGCUAAUACACAUCACCAUGUGUCAUCAAUGUUUUUAUUUCUCUCACUUGGAAAACGGUGACAGUUUAAAAAUUGAGUUAUAUGGGGGGGUUGACAUUAAGAUGUGUAUUUCUGGUGAGGGCAGCAGACAAGUUUGAGGAUUUCCAUUUCAAUUACAACAAUAUCAAUCAUUUCACACCAUACAAUCAGCUGCCACAAUGAUUUUUUUUUUUUUUUAAUGAUCUGCUUUAUGCAAUGUGUUAUGUCAAACUGAUAGACGCGCAUCCACGUCAUUCCUCAUUGUCAAAAAGAAAUACUAAUGCUGCUCACCUAACCUCCAUCCAUCGUCUUACUGCUCACUGAUACCCUGGACGGGUCGCCAGCCCACCACAGUGCAAACACUCCCAUUAUUCCCACUGAUUUAUAGACGGCUGCGCUACUCGUGUGCAGGUCUCUGGGAUGUGAAAGGAACAAAACUCACUCACACACAGAAAAACCCCUGAAGCCCAGAAUCAAAGCGGGGAUAUUCCUGUCAUGAGUCAAGCCUGCCAGCUACUAAUAUGACAUCUGGUUUAGAAAUAUUUCUUAAUGGAGCUUUAUUUACAUGAAUAUGAACAGUUUGCUUCGCCUGCAGCUGAGCAUUACUCUCAAAUUGGAUGGAUUGUCUGAACCUUGCAGGAGCUAAUGUUUUGAGAACUUUAUGAAAAUAGAAGAUGGUAAAAGUUGCGGAGAUGCACUUCGCUGUUUGAGCAAACACCCACUGCUAUAAUAUUCAGAAUUGCACCAUCCGCAGAUUUCCAGUCAUUUAUUGUAUUAGCUUUUUUAAAUGUCAGAUACCUUUUUGUCAUACUGUGAAAGACUUUCUAUCCAUUCACACACACACACACACAUCCCAAAGCUUAAGCAACACUUUAUGGAUUACACUGUGAAUGAGGCAAGAAAUAUAGAAAUGCGGUCCUUCAUUAAUGUUUUAUUUUACCACAAUAAUGAUGUGGUAAGAUUCGGUAAUCAAUAGUAUGACUCUGGAAAGGAUAUAUGACAACUAUGGACAUACAAUAAUGUAAUAAGUCUCUUAAGGAUUUUUUUUUUUGUUUGUUUUAAUCUUACAUUCUGUAAAUGCUCUGUCCAAAUAAACCAAUAAACACUUCAUAUGAAUAUGUUCUCUGCUAUGCAAAAAUAAAUAACAUAUACUGUAAAUAUUGAAGCAGUCGAGUCAAUGUCUGAUUAUGACAGGAAGUGUCAUGUACAGUGGCUAUUUUAUCAAAUGUACCAAGAAAAACAAUCUGAAGUACACAAAGUAAUUUCUUUUGAAGCCCGUAAUGCUGACAGACAACCACUUACAGGGAAAUAUAUAAUCUGCAAAUAUAGUGUAC